GUAACUCCGGUGAGGAUACUUUUCGAUCCUUGAGUUCCUGUCCAUGGAGGAUUUCUUCUUCUCCUAUGCCCCCAUUUCUUUUGCAGCCACCCUUCUACUUGUGUUCUUCUUAGCUGCCUCCUUCCACAGAUUUGGGAAGAAGAGAAGACUUCCUCCUCUUAAAGGUUCAAUCUUGCACCAACUCCUCUACUUCAGUAGGAUCCAUGACUACCACACCGACCUCGCCGGCGAGAGCAAGACCUUCCGGCUCCUCGGACCCAGCAGGAGCUACUUCUACACCGUCGAUCCCCUUGUCGUCGAGCACGUCCUUAGAACCAAUUUUGCCAAAUAUGGAAAGGGAUUCUACAACUACCAUACCCUCAAGGAUCUUCUCGGCGACGGGAUCUUCGCCGUUGACGGAGAGAAGUGGCGGCACCAGAGGAAGCUCUCGAGCUAUGAGUUCUCCACAAAGAAUUUGAGAGACUUCAGCGGCGACGUUUUCAGGAAGGCUGCGGCCAAGCUUGCCGCGGCGAUUUCCAAUUCAGCUCGCUCCAAUGAAUCCGUGGACAUCCAGGAUCUGUUCAUGAGGUCGACCAUGGAUUCUAUAUUCAAGAUUGGGUUUGAUGUAGAAUUGGACACUCUUUCUGGAUUGAGCAAAGAAGGGAUGGCCUUCGCGAGGGCGUUCGACGAGGCGGGCGAUCUCGUGCUCUGGCGCUACGCCGAUCCUUCGUGGAUGAUCAAGAAACUGCUCAAUGUUGGAUCAGAAGCCACCCUGAAAAAGGACAUCCAAAUCAUCGACGAGUUCAUCUACAAGUUGAUCUCCAAUAAGAAGGAGCUUCUCUCUGAGCAGCAAAAUCAGACUGUUGGGAAGCAGGACAUGCUAUCAAGGUUCAUGGUGGAGAAGGAGAAGGAUUCAGAGAACAUGAACGAUAAGUACCUGAGAGACAUCAUUCUGAACAUAAUAAUAGCAGGAAGAGACACCACAGCCAUCACGCUUUCUUGGUUCUUCUACAUGCUCUGCAACUGCAAGCAUUCUUCUUUACAGGACCAGUUGGCUCGAGAAGUUGAGGAUUCAACUGCAGCAGAUCACUGCUGCACGGACAGGGCAGCUGGUUUCACUGAAACCCUCACAGAAGCAUCCCUCAGCAAGAUGCAGUUUCUCCAUGCAGCACUGACUGAAACCCUGAGGCUUCACCCUGCCAUUCCUGAGGAUCCAAAGAUAUGCUUCUGUGAUGAUACGCUGCCAGGCCGCUUGGAUAUAAAAAAAGGAGACAUGAUCUGCUACUUGCCUUACUCCAUGGGCAGAAUGAAGUUCUUGUGGGGAGAGGAUGCAGAGGACUUCCGGCCGGAAAGAUGGCUCGACGAGAAUGGAGCUUUCCAAGCUGAGAACCCCUUCAAGUUCACUGCAUUUCAAGCAGGCCCAAGGAUUUGCCUCGGAAAGGAUUUUGCUUACUUACAGAUGAAGAUUCUGUCAGCAGUUCUCCUCCAUUUCUUCAGGUUCGAGCUGAAGGAUGAGUCGAGGAAUGUGCGAUAUAAAAGUUCGAUUACUCUUCGAAUAGAUGGAGGCCUUGAGCUUCUUGCAAGCCACAGGCAAACCCCUGAUAUUGUUUAUGAGGAAGAGGAACAUCUGUGUUUUAAGAACUGAUCUUUGCAUUUGGACAUGGUGUGUAUUAAACAAUAGACAAAUGUGUAUUAGACACGUAUAUAAAACUGAGAGCUAAGUAUACAAAUCUCUCAACAAAAUAUCUCCUGCUGCCGUCACCUGAUAGGCCAGCCGGCGGCUAGGGCCCAUCAGCAGCCAUGUGGAAGAUUUGCUGGAGCCCACAUCAACUGAUAGCCUUAUCCACAUGCACUGGUCUGAUGCGGAGACCAUUCCUCCUCCGAGAAGAAAAUUACUAGAAGGAAUUGGGAAUUCAGCCAUCUUAGAUAUCAAAUAGAGUAGCUUAGAUUCGCUGAUGUACAGGGCGAGAUCUUGCAUAUCAUCAAAUAGAGUAGCUCCAGAGUGGCACAUCGGCCCACGUCUCCAGGUCUUCCCAAUUGUUCCCGC